GUCCUGCGUACGGAACAAGCGUCAGGCUUUGAAACUAUUUAGUCUAUGAAGAGGGAGGAUACAUUGUCCAAUAAUUCUAGCGAUAAGAAACCAUCUAAGAUAUUCGUGGUCACUCCUUCAGAUAAGCACUUCUUGUACAGUACCAUGCUGUUAAAAUCGUUUGAUAUGCAUCCACUGCGAGCAUAUCACUUAGAAUCUAUAUUUGAACGAGGCGCCAGCUCAACAUUAGGCUUGAAACAUGACUGGGAUCCUGAUUCGGUAUACGGCUUCCGAGAAGAGCAGGGAGAGAACCAGUCAAGCUGCUAACGUCACGUGAUGUUAUGACAGUCUCGCGAGAUUUAUGACGUCGCCUUGACGACACUUUCACUACUGGCAUCGCCAUUGUUGAGGUUAUACUGCUGUAUUAUUGCAACUUAUCUGCUGCCUUUUGCCUUGUAUUGUUCUCAUCUCCGCUUGUGAAAACCAUGAGCGCAUACACCCAAGCUCUUGACCUCGUGAUCAGGUUCCCUUUGAACUUUGACAUCUGGGCCCCUCCUCGCCAACGUCCUACCGGGAGGUACAUGACCAUCCUUGAACCCCUGUCAGAACUUCCCGUCCCUUCCACCUCUAUCCCCGACCCCGCCCCUCUCUCUGCCUCCGUCCUCCGUGAUGUCCCUCACUUCGUCGAUAUCAACCUGGAUGAUGACGACACCCCGACCCAGUCCCCAGUUCGAGUCAUCCUGUCACGUGUGUCUAGAUUCUUGAGGAGAGUGUUCCGUGUCAAGAUGGACGCUUAAAGUGACAUCUUACUACCUCUUAGAACUUGUGUUAAUCAUUACCUUGGACCUUAAGAAUAUUAAAAAAAAUAAGUGUUCUCUACAUUUUGGACCUUCUGGACUUUUUUAAUGUUUUGGAUAUUUUGAUCAUUUAGGACCAUUUUGCUAUUUUUGGACCCCGGAAUAAAUACUUUUUUAAAUACUAAACCUUCAGUGUUUUUGGACUUUUUAGAUACUUGGGCCAUUUUGGAUUACCUAUAGAAAUAUGUUAUGUGCUUUUGGCUCUUUCGGACACUUUUGGCUUUACACUUUCAAGAUUGGACUUUAUUAAAUCAUUAUGAUUCAAUAUUUAUUGUUGUUUUGUUUUUUCCAUUUAGCCGUUUCUCCUAUAGUAACGUUGUUGCAUACAAUCUCCUUGGUUUGUCAGCCCCUUAUACCCGUGUGCUUGUGGGUUUCACCAUCUCUUGGCAGUAUUUAAGGGCUUUUAUGUAUGUCAACCGCAUUCAGCAGUAUUUCAGCUACAGAGAGUCUAUUGACUGCUAUCGGGGUACAAUGACAAGCGGUCAUCCGAGACACUGACCACCUGAUCCAUGGACUAAGUCGCCUCGUACAUUCUCGUACCAAGGAAAUGGUUUGACGUUAUUUCAUGAAAACAGACAUUAGCAAGGACAAAGACAAUAUAUUUUAAUGACAAUCAUUUAGAAUAGAAUAUUUUGGGUGCUUACUCGUAAUAGUUACACUUUACUACUACUUUUUUACACUUCGUUUUAGAAUUCUCAAUUUAACCUUUGCCUCCCACCCGCGCGACUGCAUUAAAGCUGUCGCCAAGAGAUGGAUAUAUGUUUGACACGCACUCUAAAACUUCAACCAAACACAAAUAGAUGCUUACACGUUAGUUUUCAAUUCUAUAACACUUAAGUCACUACUUCUUUACUCCAUUUAGUUUUAGAAUUCUCAAUUUUUCUUUUCUGUGCGACUUCUUUAAAGACGUUGCCAAGGGCACGUUGUACAUAACACGCAUUCUUGCUUCAACGAAACAUAAAUAAACGCUUACACGUUAGUUUUCAGUGAGAAACAACAACACUAGAGUUAAUGGUGAACACGAUUUAAACAAAAACAUUUUUGAUUGAUUACAGUUCAAAAACAUGUCGGAGUUUAACUGCACGGUAUUGUAUUGUCACGUAAUUUAAGGGACGCAACUCGUGUUCUCUUGGCAGAAUCGUAUGUAAAUAAAGGGACGCAACUGCAUGCGU